AUGGGCCACAUCUUGUCAUUCUGCCUCACAACACUGGAUAUCUUUCCAUCUGGCUUUGUGUCCCCAUGGCCUGGGAGGGCCCUGCUGGACCCCUGGCUACCAGACCAGCAAACAGUGGUGAUCAGGAGAGGUUUACCUUGCCCCACAACACAGCAGGAGACACACAAGCUCCAGGACUCGCAGCCACAACCCUGCCCCGACGGCGCAGCGGCUCCGGGGCCCCUGUUCGCCUUGCGCACCCCGCACACCCCAACUCUGGGGCGCUCGGCGGCCCACCCCUCCCCCCCCUUCUGCCUGGCUCCUACGCCAUCGCCCUCCCAGCAGCUUGCAGCGCCGGCCCAGGCUCACACCAGCCCCACCCCACCCCCAACCUGCCCCACGGGGGGAGGGGGACACCGGGCUGCAGAAUUAACCCUUCAAUCGCCCCCCAGCGCCGUGCGCGCCUGGAGGCGGGGCCAGACUCAGCCCCCGACCCCUGAGCCCCCAGGUCAACCCCAAAGGGGAGCGGUCGCGGCUCGGGGCGCGGCCCGGGCCCCCGCGGCACCGGGCAGCGGGGAGGGGGCCCGGCUGUUGGCUCCGGCCCGGCUCAUCACCGUGGCCGCCCCCGGCCGCUCCGGUUUCGCCCGCCUCCAGCUCCGGCUCCGGCUCCGGCCCCGGCCCCCCCCAGCGCCCGGCCCCGGCCCGUCCCCGCCGCCGCCGCCGCCGCUGACAUCAUCGGCUCCCCCCGCCCCGGUCCUACCCCCACCCCCACCCCCGGAAACAGCUGGCAGUCACCCCUACUUCAACCUGCCUGACUUCACGCAGCCAUCACCGCCCUCUACUCCGCCCAGUCUCCCAUCGCACCAGCGCUGCCGGCCCUCCGAUGCCACCAAGGGGCUGCUCGUGGCCCUGCUGGGUGGGGGCCUACCUGCUGGCUUCGUGGGCCCCUUCUCCCGUAUGGCUUACCAGGCUUCCCACUUUCCCUCGCUGGAGCUGCUCAUCUGUCGAUGCCUCUUCCACCUCCCCAUUGCCCUGCUACUUAAACUGCGUGGUGACCCCCUCUUAGGACCUCCCGAUGUCCGAGGCCGGGCCUGCCUCCAUGCCCUACUCAACGUCCUCAGCAUCGGAUGUGCCUACAGUGCAGUUCAGGUGGUGCCCGCUGGCAACGCUGCCACCGUCCGCAAAGGUUCCUCCACUGUCUGCUCUGCUCUCCUCGCCCUCUGUCUCGAGAGCCAGCGUCUCAGCGGCUAUGACUGGUGUGGCUUGUUGGGCAGCACUCUGGGACUCAUCAUCAUUGUGGGACCUGGACUAGGGACCCUGCAGGAGGGGACCACGGGCCUCUACACCGCCCUAGGCUAUGUGCUUGCUUUCCUAGGUGGCCUGGCACUGUCACUGGGGCUCCUGGUGUAUCGCUCCCUCGACUUUCCCUCCUGCCUACCAACAGUGGCCUUCCUGUUUGGCUUGGUGGGGCUGGUGGGCUCUGUGCCAGGCCUCUUUAUGCUGCAGACCCCCGUGCUGCCCAAGGAUCCUCUGAGUUGGAGCUGUGUGGGGGCAGUGGGGAUCCUUGCCCUGGUCUCCUUUGUGUGUGUGAGUUAUGCAGUCACUAAGGCCCACCCCGCCCUGGUAUGUGCUGUCCUGCACUCUGAGGUGGUGGUGGCCUUGAUGCUGCAGUACUAUGUGCUCUAUGAGACCGUGGCACCUUCUGACAUCAUGGGGGCAGGGGUUGUUUUGGGCAGCAUUGCCAUUAUCACUGCCCAGAACCUCAGCUGUGAGAGGGAAGGGCAGGUGGAGGAGUGA